CUCCAUACAGUACAGUACCUAGAUUCCAUCGUUCCCCGCCACACUGGCCAAUCCGAAUGAACUGGUCCGCACCGCAAUAGUGUGCGCCUCAUAUCACCACGAGUCCACUCAUCGCCUGUCAGGUCUCGACUUGAGUCUCGGGUUCUUCGGUCGGGUCGGGUUCCUUUCGACGGACAGCCACGAUGACAUGCGCUGUCACACUACUCCUAUGGGGAGCUCCCAAUGCCCGUCCCUGCGUUCCGCUCGCGCAUCCAAUCAUCCCUCGAUGCUGUCUCAGCGGCCAAGCUUUCCCCAGAGGCCCUCCAAUCGCUUCUUCCCACGUGACGUCAUGACUCGUGGCGCGCCGGACCUGCAGACCGCGCCCGGCGGCACCUUGCCAGGCUAUAUAUGGGGCUUCUCCAGCUGCACAUUACCCGUUGCUAGCAGGAUCAUCGAGCCGUUCCUUCUCCUGCCAUUUCCUCAGACGUGAGACUCGCGGCCGUUGAGACCCAGAAUCCCUCUCCUCCGCUUUCCGUCCCCAAUCGUCAUGGCUUUCCUGCGUCUCCUAUUCGUUCUACUUUCCGCCUCCGCCACACUCUGUUCCUUCCCCCCCGCGCACGCGCAAGUCGCGCAGCCGCGGUGUCCGCGCCCGCCGACGGUGGCUCAAGUGAACCUCUCCGCGUACGCGGGGCGGUGGUUCGAGGUCGGCACGAGCGCGCGCUUUAAGCUGCAGCGCGAGAACGGCCUCGUGUGCAACCAGGCGCGCUACACGCUCACAGGCGCGGCGGACUCCGCGGGGGGCGCGGGGACGAACGGCAGCGGUCUUAGUCUUGGCGUGGAGAAUUCGGGGCGGCUGGUGGCGUCGCCUGCCGUGUUGCAGAGCAUGGCGAGCGUUGCGGGGAAUAGCAGAGACGCCUGCAUAGCCCUGGCGAACGUGUCCUCUGCUGCCGCUUCUGCUGUGCAGCUCCUGCAGUCGCAGCCACAGGCUGCUUCGGCUAUCGCUGACUGCUCGCAGGUGAACGCCACAAACGAGUUUCUCAAUAUCGGGGCCACAUCUCGCACCAUCUCUGCAUCAGUCUCCACCAUCGCAUCCCUCGCAGCUCGCAUCUCCCAGCUCGACUUCCAGGCCUCAUCCCUCAACGUCCUCGCCAACCAGCUGCUCCUGCAGGCAUCCGCAGCCGCAGAUAAGGCCGGCCAGAUCGCAUACGCUGCUUCCAGGAUCCAAUCGGCCAGUUCCAACUGCAGUGGGAGCAGUGCUGCUUCAGAUGGGACAAACACAUGGGCGGCUGUGUCGGCAGCAGCGGCUAGUAUUGUAGAAUCUGCUAACUCUCUCAGGGAUGCUUUGAACUGGGUAGCAGCAGCAGUGGCACCAUAUGCUGGGUCAGACAUCGUGUCCAUCUCUUUAGCGUCCAUAGCCAGUGUUCCUCUGCCCUUCGGCGGCAUCCCAACCUCGGUGUUCGGCCAGGCUGUCCCCAGUACCAGCGACCCUGCUAAGCUCACAGUCACCUUCAAUCUCUUCCCCUCGGCAUCCACUGAGCCAAAUUACUGGAUUCUUGCCCUGGAGGGGAGUGCGGAGCAGGGCUAUGAAUCUGCGCUGGUUUACUCGUGCACGGAACCCCAAGGGUCGGAUGAUCCCAUGCCACGUAUUGAUGUGUUUGUGAUCUCCAGGGCGCCUUAUAUGCUGGAAGACGAGCUGCAGGAGUUGCUGGGGGUUUUGACUGGAUAUGGAGUGGUUCUGGGCUGUGAUAACCCAUUUGUGCGCACUGUGCAGGACUCUGCAAGGUGUGGCUAUUGAGAUGUCGGUUGGUGUGGCCUCGUGACAAGCAGUGACUGCUUUUGAGUGCUGGGAAUGUCUCAAAUGAGAGAGGGAGCAGUUGUGUUGUGUGUGGUGUAAGCAUGCUGGAGAUUAUUUUGAUGAAAUGUACUAGUGUAGAUGCAGGUGGGCUAUGCCGAGUAGUGCUGUUUCUCUGUCUAGCAUUUUGGCAAUGGAGCUUUUGUUGA